AUGGCGUGGGUGUCGGAAGGGUUAAUCCGUGAUUCUUGGCUUGGAGCCACGUCGGCAGACGUCGACGUCGACGACGGCCGACGGACGAACGGUUCGUCAACCCGUCUGGCGAUUUUCGACGCCGCCGUUGUCACGGCCAUCGACACCGUCUCGACUUCCUUGCCGACGGCUCAUUUUCUGCAUUCAUGCCUAGCACUUGAUAAAAUAGGUUGUCAAGAAACGGAGACGCUUCAAAGAUUGGUUGACGCCAAAAUAUUCUCGGGAAGUUUCCGACACGGAAGAUUGACCUUUUUUCUGAGUCGUGGGGUCAGUCUGGCCUCAGAGGUGGAAGUGUCGCGGCCGACUGACGACGGAGAAGAGCAACGUCGUCGGUGUCGCUGUCGUGUGUCGGUGUCGGUGUCGCGCUUUUGUACCCGCCUUUCCUCUGGAGAUAACGAGCACGUGGCGAUUCUGUGGUCUGAAAUUGUUUGGGCGAUCCCUGUUCAUACCUACGUGUGCUUACGCAAGGAUCCUCAUGCCAGCUUUCAUUUCGUCUAGUCGAGAAAUCAGCUGACAAAACGAGACGCCGAUUUCUCACAACCGGAACGGAAACUAUUCAUUUUGUAUUUAUUUUUCAUUAAAACUUUUAAUCCCCCUUUUUUGUGGUGUACGCAUUAAACAGAUGGUACGCAGUUCA